ACGGAUCCGGACAGUCGUAGCACUCCUUCAGGAACUCUGUGAUAUUUUCUUAAUUUUUUCCUUCUUUUUGUCGCAUUUUGGCCCCGUUUUCAGUGCCUCUACGACUCUCCCUGACUGGCAUGGUUCCCAGAGGAUAAAUAAGUCUAUGAGGAAUAAUUCGUGGGUCGAAGUUAAAGUGUGAGUGUAGUAGCUUACGCCAAGAUAAGUCGUCGAAGCAAGCGCAUUGUGAGUGUGCGUUUCUCGCACACUCGAAGAUGGUGGUGUGGGUUAUUGCUUGGUGUGUUCUUGGGGUGUUUAAUAGCGGCUGCUCUCUUCACCAAACUCGAUGGCUCCGACCCAACCAAUGUUCUGGGCCUCACACCGAGGGAAGUGCGCCUGGCUGAGAGGGUCAGGGAAAUGGAGCAGCAGAAUCAGCUAUUGAGAAGACAGCUGAGUAUCUCCCAGAAUCAGCUGAUCCAGGCAUGGGGAAAUGAGGGGGAGGAUGGGGCAGAGAAGAUAGGGGAAGGCACAGGGACAGGGGAACAAGGUGCUACUAAGUGCAAAGAGAAGGAAUUCGGUGUGCCAAAAUGUGAGGUGCUUCAUAUAGCUAUAGUGUGCGCGGGCUACAACUCCUCGCGCUCUGUUGUGACCCUUCUCAAAUCCCUCCUGUUCUAUCGCCGCAAUCCACUGCACUUCCACAUGAUAGCAGAUGCCAAAGCACAAGUAGUCUUGCAUGCACUCUUCUCUUCUUGGAAUGUUCCUCAUGUUGAAGUGAGCUUUUACCUGACGGACAACCUUGCCGCCGAUGUGUCCUGGGUACCCAACAAACACUAUUCAGGAGUGUUUGGCCUGAUGAAACUCACCCUCAACAAGGCUCUUCCACAGACACUCAAGAAAGUCAUUGUUUUAGACACUGAUAUAACAGUUGCCACAGAUAUCGCUGAGUUGUGGAAUCUCUUCUCAAAGUUUGGACCGAAACAAUAUAUUGGACUGGUGGAGAAUCAGAGUGAUUGGUACCUUGGUAAAUUGUGGAAAUCACAUCGUCCCUGGCCUGCGCUUGGUCGUGGAUACAACACGGGUGUUAUCCUCAUUCGCCUGGACAUCAUGCGGCAAAGCAACUGGUCCCAGAAAUGGAAGCUAAUUGCUGAGAGGGAUCUGACCACACUCUUCUCAACACAGCUGGCUGAUCAAGACAUCAUCAAUGCCGUCAUUAAGCAACACCCAGAAAUCGUGUACAAUCUUCCCUGCCAGUGGAAUGUCCAGUUAUCUGACAACACUAGAUCAGAGUUAUGUUACUUGGAGGUUACAGAUCUGAAGGCAAUCCACUGGAACUCGCCAAAGAAAUUAAAAGUGAAAAAUAAGCAUGUUGAAUUCUUCCGCAAUCUUCACCUCACUUUCCUGGAAUAUGAUGGCAACCUUCUUCGUAGGGAGCUAUUUGGGUGCAAUCAUUCAAGAUCCAUUAUUGUGCCUAAUCCUCUGUCUCAGCUUAAUGAAGAAGAUGAGUGCUAUGAAUUUCGUCGUGCGAGGCAAACCAACUACAGAACACACUUGUUUUUCCUCGACAACGAGUAUGAUCCGACGCCAGAUGGUUUUGAUGUGACACUUGUUGCUACAUUAUCCAUGGAUCGUCUGCAGAUGGUGGAACAGUUACUGAAACACUGGGAUGGCCCUGUUAGCCUCACAUUAUACAUGUCUGAUGCUGAGGCUCAGCAAUUCCUGUCAUAUACACAGAGUUCAGAGAUAAUUGCAAGCCGGAAGAAUGUUGCAUAUCAUGUAGUCUACAAGGAGGGGAAUUUUUAUCCAGUCAACUUCCUAAGGAAUGUAGGAGUGCAACACGUAAACACUCCAUACGUCUUCCUAACAGACAUAGACUUUCUUCCAAUGUUAGGGUUAUAUUCGUAUUUAAGGAAAACACUCCAGAACCUACAUCCUGAUGAUAGUAAGAAGGCUUGGAUUGUGCCGGCUUUUGAAACACAGCGCUACCGUCUUUCAUUCCCCCGCAGUAAAGCAGAACUCCUGAAUAGACUUGAUAUGGGAGAAUUAUUCACAUUUAGGUACCAUGUUUGGACAAAAGGUCACGCUCCGACUAAUUUUGCCAAGUGGAGGACUGCUACCACUCCGUACAAGGUGACUUGGGAACAAGAUUUCGAACCCUACAUUGUUGUACGUAAAGAUGUUCCUGAAUAUGACACUCGAUUUGUAGGUUUUGGAUGGAACAAGGUGUCACAUAUCAUGGAGUUACACGUGAUGGGUUUUGACUUCAUUGUCCUUCCAAACUCCUUCAUUGUCCACAUGCCUCAUGCCCCUAGUCUUGACAUUGCCAAAUUCCGUACAUCUCCCCAGUACAAAAG